UGAGUUGCACCAGAUUUUCAUGGACAUGGCAGUGUUGGUGGAGUCACAAGGUGACAUGCUGGACAACAUAGAAUCACAGGUUUUAAGUGUUGUGGACCAUGUUCAAUAUGGAGUUGCUGCUCUUCAGAAAAAGAAGUUUGAACGGAAUUCUCGAAAAUGGAUUCUAUUGAAAGGCCUCGUGAAUCCAGGGUUUAUGUUGCUCAUCGGAAUCAUAACUUUGAAGAUCGAAUUACUUCAUACUAGGAUACCACAAAUAAAGAGGUUGUGCUUGGAUGUAAAGCCAUAUGUGGCCUUAGAACAAAAUUUGUGCUUGAAUAAAAAGUUUGUGCUUAUUUUUAGCUUUACAGGUUUGUUUUAACAAAAUUUGUCAAUGUAUAUCCUGAAGAUUGGGAUGACAGGAGUACAUAGAUGAUCCUGAAGAUAAGAAGCCAGAGGUAUUCACCCACCUUCAGACUUUGUAGUGAUAAACAUGUUGAGCAGUUAAGAAAGAGGUUUAUCCACUCUAUUGCUCCAAGAGGGCUUGCCGGUGAUAGACGGUAUGUUGUCCCUGCUUCAGGAUUUAGUCUUACUGCACAACAGAUAUGUUAAAGUUAUCCUAGACAAC